AUGUUCAUCAUGGACGGCUCGUUCUCCGACCCCGAGCUCGACCUGAGCGACGUCCAGAUGCCUCCCAACGACGACAUACCAGAGGAGGCUGAGAUGAUACUUUCAGACGGCGCCGAGAGCAGCCAUCCUUUCUCUCCUCCCCCGCGCAUUGCUGCCCGCUUCUAUCGCCCAUCCAACACCCGCCGGAAGUCGUCCGCAACCUCGUCCCGUCGCAACUCGAUAUCUUCCACACAUUCACACACGUCCACUCGCUCCUUCCGCAACAGCUGUCAGAGCCACCAUAUAGCUCAGCAUCUACGGCGCGCCUCCAUUCUCGAGACCCGCAAGGCCAGACUGGCAGAUCGAGCUGCCCACGCAGAGCAGGUCCGACUGAGGGCUGCGUUGGCAAAAGCCACGCCCCGCAACUCCAACAUUGAAGAGAAAGCGUUGGCAGCACAGCAAGCUCGCGAACGUCAUUUGGCCCAGGUAGCUGCAGCAUGUGCCGAAGAAGUUCGUCGCGCAAAGAAAGUCGCAGAGGAUAUGAAGGAACGUAAGGCCGCCGAAGAACGGAGGACCCGCCAGGAGAUGCAAGACAGGCUCGCCGAGGCUGAAAAGAGGAGGCUGGAGUAUAAACGCAACACUCGCAGGCCGAGGACUGCCAGCUCACCCCCAGCCGAUGCGAAGAAGGCCGUCACCCCUCGUGCAGUCAGUGCCGAAGAGGCCGCGAAGCGCAUCCAGGCAGCUUGGAGAGCCAGAACUAGGAAAAACAUCGUCGAUGCAUGGUUGGCGUUUGGCUUGUCCAUCGACAAAGUUCACGACCACGGGUUCGAGGAGGUGACAGCCUUGCUGAACGAGGAUAAGGUACUGGCAGCUACGGAACAAAUCAUGACCCUUUUCGGGCUACUUUCUGGCGAAGACACGACUUCACGUGGUUCGUCCGUACGGACCUUCCUAGCUGCCUUUUUGAUCCUCGGCCAUCCUGCACAAGUACUCAGUCGCGACGGCGACCAGGAGCAGGACCUUAUCCAAAAGGCUAAAGACCUCAUCAUGGCAUUUGAAGCUGCACUCAGCAAGUUGACUACGUUUAACUAUUAUACCCCUUCGCCAACACGCCUCGAGACGGUCGCACUUGCGCAUGGUGCGUUUAUGACAGCGUUCAACCUAUGGAAGGCACGAGACUCGUCCGCGCUCAUCGAGACUAUGGUGGCAUCCUUCGUAAGCCUUGAUGCAAUCUGGCAAAGCGUGAAGGACGAGACGGUAGAAGUCGUUGCUGAGGAGUACAAGAGUGGUAUACGAGAUAACCAAGCGAUCUUGCUGAGCAAGAUAAAGCGCCUUGCAGGCCCCGAUCGUGCCUUGCAGCUGAUCAGGAAAGCUAUUCGCGAGUCUAGACGGGCGCGCCCUAAACGAGGCCCCAGCGGCGAAGUUGCACGUCCACGCGUUGCUUCGCCUACGCCAGCGUCUACCAUAUCGGAGGAUCAGGUUUCGACGCAGGCGCAAGCGGCAUCGCAGCUGGUGGCGUCGGACGUUACGCAGGCCUCUGAAGGGCAUCAAGCCAACUCGCUUUCCAAGCUUUUUACCUCUGUUCCAACCAACAGGAUCCUUGUCCACGAAUUAUCCAUUGACAAGGAAUACCGCAUCGACGCCUCACCAACUGCUGAUCUCCGCGAUGCGCUAAACCGCGAACUCUGCGAUGCCAUGCGCCAGGGCAUCGAGCAUGGGGAAGGAACGGUAUGGACAGCGGCCAUGGCGGAAAACAUUCGCGCAAAGCUUCUACGUCUCCUGAAGCCGGGCAACACCAUGCAUGCCUUGAUAUCUGAAUCCUUGGACGCCGACCUCAUCAGCCAACAGUCUAGCCAAGGGAUGUUCUCCUACGGGAAGUUCUUUGGCUUCAUGGCGAAUAUCCUCCCCAAACUUUGCGCGCCUUUCCGUGAUGUUGAGGUCAAGGCUUUAGCAGAUGAGCUACAAGAGGAAGGAACGUUGCCUGAGAUGAUCGAGAAAUUGUUCAAGCUCCUUCAUACCAUCGACCUCCUUUCGUUGGACUACUCCAAUUUCCUUCUUAUGCAAUCAGCUCCAAUCCUGAUCAAGGAAGCUCCAACGUACGAACAGCGAGAGUUUACUGAAGAUCUAGAACAAGGGAGGAUUACGCUGAAGAGGACACGGCGUUGGUGGAGAAGUGCCGCUGUCAACGUGCACACGGAAGCUGACAGACGGGAUCCGUGGAGCGAACCGUUGCCCAUGAACAGACCGACACCUCAAAAGAUCUAUGCUCGUGGCUUGAUCGACCUCGCCAUAGCUACACCUCCGUUGAGGGAUUCUGAGGUCCCCGAGACGCUCGAGCUUGACCGAGGUCGCCUCGCUCGUAUACGUGAAGAGGCUCUUCGCAUCACAACUAUUGGUGGCAUCUUGCUCACGGCCAAAAAUCUCUUGAAGCGCGACGUGCGCUCCCAGUGGAAGAACGAAGCGAAUCGUAUGUGGGAGACCCUGAAAGACGGUUAUCUGAAGGAUCCAACAACGCCAUCCAAGAUCUCUUCGCUGCUUGAGUCAUCGCACGCUAUGCCACCUUCCACCCGCGCCCAGCUCGCCUCGACCAUCACACGCCUCCUUACGCAAGCUGACUCGGGGCGACUUUCUGAUCCUGUCAUGAAAGUUCUGUUCCAGCGUUUGAAGACACACAUCUUCAACCGCGUAUCAGCCAGCAGCUCUAGCGAGCGUGUCCGGGCCGCAAGCACAGCUACUGAAGGCCUUGCCACCACUGGUCUUCCAGAAUUUGUGUCGCAGGUUGGCGACAUCUGCGAGCAGCUGAGCAAGGUUAGUGACGUCGACCGGAAGGCGCAUGGCAAGUGGUACGAGGAGAUUGCGGAAGAGUUAGAGAGACUUGGUGCUGAGGGUGUAGACCUUGCGGGCACAUCCAGCGCGGAGUCGGAGGCUUCUGCUGGCAGCUCGUUCGAGUAA